AUGCCAACCACUCCGCUUUCUCUUGCUUUGAUCCAACUCUGGAUCGGCGAUCCAGCGCUGCCCUGGUCCAAUCCGGUAUGGCAGUCUCUAACACACGUAACUGGUGACCCGUGGGCGUACGACCAAUAUAGGGGUGUAACCCGUGUCGCUGAAUGGACAGUAGACACAGCUCGGGCAGUCGAAGCGUUCAUGAACAAUUGUAGGACAGCUGGGGAUCUUGCAGACAUCGCUGUGAAAGGGAAGGACGAUGACCAUGAAGGUCGUUCCGCGUGGAACGCCUGGGUUAAGACGUCAUGGCCCAAAUGGAAUAUCAACAAACUUGUCGACCAAAUCUUAGAAGAAAACGGAUGCGAGUCCCAUGCUGUCAUGGCAAGGUUAAAGUGCAAGAGCACGGAUGAUUUUCCGACGAUGGAAGCUGCGCAGCUGAAACAUGCCGUUUCCAUCAAUUUGGCCGAUUCAUUGUUCGGCGAUGAUGCAUUUACCGACGGAACGUUUAUUGUGCCAUGCGUCAUGACGUUUAUAUCCACUGUGAUGGUAUUGACGUGGAGCAGGUAUCGGAAGGCUAUGAAACGGCAAGUUGACGGUAUCGGGAAGAAGCUUCAGGAAGUUGAGGAGCAAUGGCUAGCCUGGGCGGUCGCAGAUUCAAAUCCUAUCUCGGUCAGCAUGCGCGCCUACCUGAAGAAACUGGAUUCUUUGGUUGCACUUGUCAGCCAAUUCAAGGACCGGGAAACGGUGGAGAAGCUCAAUGCGCGUCGUGAACAAGUCAAUGCGAUGCUGACCGGUACCAAGAAACUCCCCAUCAAGGCAGAAUCCAUAGAAUGUGAGCAGCCUUUCAGAUCUACAGCAAAAUCCGAAUGUUGA